AUGGGACAAAGCGGAAAGAAGCAUGGAAGAUCCUUCUUCGGAUGGAAAGAAAUAAGGGAUGCUCAAAAGCGCAGACAUAGGAGCAACCCCAUCUUCAUCCGGUAUUUGAGUCAUGGAAUGUACGCUGUAGAUAGUUUUCCUGGGAUGGCAAAUCCCGAACAUAGAUCCGAGGAAGGGAGGGCAGUGAAACAAUCCAAGAACCACGUUGAUGGGUAUCGCAAGCCAUACAUGUUUCAACCAACAAUGCCAGCGGAAAAAGCAGCAGAACGCCCAUGUACGCCUGUUAUCUCUCUCAUCAUGAUUUAUUCGGCGGUUUCCCCUUCAUUUGAUCCUUGA